AUGUGCACCAGUCUGAGCGACUUGUUUGCCUGCAUGAGGGCCCAGGGAAAUUCAGAUUCGGAUGCGGAUGCCACCAGCACUACCCAUCAGCGGAAUACCGCCGACGAUGUGGACAAUGAGGCGACCGAUCCCCAGAUUCAAAAGGUCGACAAAUCGAUGGUGCAGCAGCCACUUCCCCUGGCAAAUCCUGUCCCUUCUCCUUCGACUGGCUGCAUUCGUCCCCCAUCGCUGGCCUCACGGGUCUCCUACGAAGCCCUGGAGCGCUACGAUCAGAUUUUCGGAAGUAGUGCCCACCAAGAAGCCGGGGCAUCUGGUUCGGGCAGAAAUAUUCCCGACCAAUUCUAG